AGUACAUGUGUAUGUGAAUUUCAGUAGUAUUGAGAAAUUGAACAUCAGUGUGUAUUUAUGUCAUCUCCCGCGCAAAAACGUUAGGCGUUUAAUGAUAUUUAUUAUUUAAUUUCUUUCAAUUGUAGAUAACAUUUUAACGUCUGAAUGUUAGCUACUAGAAAGUUAUGGGUACAAUAGAGAUAACGUUUCCGUUUGGCGGACAACCAGGAAAAAUAUUGAAAUGGAGAGUCCGGAUGGAUACUAUGAUUUCAGCGGGUAGAGUGUUGUUUUUGUAUCAGAAUGUUAUUCCAGGAACAGAAGAUAGUAAAGGUCCUGAGAAGAAAUAUCGGGCCACACGAUUUGGUCGUAUUACAAAAAUUUUAGCAAAAGAAGGAGAUAUAAUUCAACCUGGGCAAGUGAUCAUGAUAUUAGAAGGAUGUAAACAUCCUACUGUAAUGAAAGAUUUAUGUGCUGAAUGUGGUGUAGAUUUAAGAGUCGAGGGAAUUGGUAAAGAAAAUGAAAGUACAAAAAUAUCACAAGCUAGUGUACCAAUGGUACAUAGUGUUCCAGAAUUAAAAGUAUGUCCAGAAUUGGCUGAAAAGAUUGGAAAGGAAGAUGAACAACGUCUUUUGAGUGAUCGCAAGUUAGCAUUACUUGUGGAUCUUGAUCAAACAAUUGUUCAUACAACAAAUGAUAAUGUUCCUCCUAAUAUGAAGGAUGUUUAUCAUUAUCAACUUUAUGGACCAAAUUCUCCAUGGUAUCACACUCGUUUGAGACCUAAUACCAGACACUUUCUUUCUGAAAUGAGUCGUUUAUAUGAAUUACAUAUAUGUACAUUUGGGGCAAGGAAUUAUGCACAUACUGUAGCAGCAUUAUUGGAUAUAGAUGGAACAUUAUUUUCUCAUAGAAUACUUUCAAGGGACGAAUGUUUUGAUCCUGCAUCAAAAACAGCUAAUCUUAAGGCUUUAUUUCCUUGUGGAGACGAUUUAGUAUGCAUUAUAGAUGAUAGAGAAGAUGUAUGGCAAGGAUGUGGGAAUUUAGUUCAAGUUAAACCUUAUCACUUUUUUCGUCAUACUGGUGAUAUACAUGCACCACCAGGGCUAGAAAAAAAUGAUAUAUCUGUUUUGCCUGACUUACAAAAUAUAAAUGAAGUUUGUAAUGAUGAAAAUCCAAGUGAAUCAGAUAAAAAUGAUGCAUCAGAAUUGUUAAAUGAAGGAAAUAAAAUUGAUAAUAAUCCGGAAAAGGAAAUUAAGGAUAAAGAUAACGAAAGUGAACAUGAACUUGUAGAAAAAAAUGAAAAUACUAAAGAUGACAUCAAGAAUAAUGACAAUCUAAAUCUUGAUUCUAAUAAUGAGAACAAACAUGAAGAUAAAGCAUCAGAAAGAGGAAACGAAAAUUUAACAUUAUCUGAAUCAAUACAAGAUAUUAAAAUCGCAAAUAAAAAUCCAGAUGAAAAUAAUAUUAUAGAUGAAGAUGAUGACGAUUACUUAUUAUAUCUUGAAGAUAUUCUUCGUAGAAUUCAUACUAAAUUUUAUGCCACUAUAGAAAAAGAAGGUGGACGGAAAUCAUUAAGAGAUAUUAUUCCACGAGUACGGGCUCAAGUUUUAAAAGAAGUAUACUUAACUUUUAGUGGACUAAUACCUACUCAUCAAAAACUUCAUCAAAGUCGAGCUUAUAAAGUUGCCAGAGCAUUCGGUGCAGAAGUGGCACAGGACUUGUCAGAUAAAACUACUCAUUUAGUUGCUAUCAGACCUGGCACAGCAAAAGCUAAUGCAGCAAAGAAAAAUCCAAAUAUAAAAAUUGUAAAUCCAGAUUGGCUUUGGACUUGCGCGGAACGCUGGGAACAUGUUGAUGAGCGUCUAUUUCCACUUACUGCAAAGGCACGUGCUUCUAGAAUACCACCUCCACAUUGUAGUAGUCCAGAACGUAUAGAAGAAUUAGAAAAUAAUAUAGGAGAUAGUUUUGCUAAUAGUAUUAAUCCGUUAAUGUCAUUCACACCAGAAGAAAUAGAAAUUAUGGAUAAAGAAGUUGAAGAAGAUAUGGAUGAUCAAGAAUUAGAUGCACCUGUCUUUGAUACAGAGGACAUAAAUGAUGAUGAAGAACAUGAUAAAAAAACUCGUCACAGAGAUUCUGAUUCUGAUGAUUCACCAAAACGUGAUCGUAAUGCAAAUGAACCAAUAAGAAAGAAAAAGAAGCUUUCUAAUGAUAGUUCGGAUGAUACUUCAAGUGAGAAUGAUGAUACUCCAGACGAUGACGAUGAUGAUCCCGUAACGCGUUUUAGAAGAGGCGAAAAUUUACCUGAUGAUUUAGAUUUCGGUGAUAAUUCACAAGAUUCAGUUGAAGAUUUGGAAAUAAUGGAUAAUGAAGAUGAACGAGAAUGGAACGAAAUGGGAGCAGCGCUUGAAAGAGAAUUUCUUUCUGAAUGAGUUAUUACAAAAGUUGCUUGUUUCGCAUUGAUACAUUUUAACAAUCAACCAUUUUUAAAACAGCACGUUCGCAAAAUUUUGAUCCAAAUAAUUGGAAACAAUUUUGUAACAAAUUUAAAAUAAUGUAUAAAUUUAAUAAGCUAAAAUACAAAAAAAUCGUUUUGUAUUUGAUUGAAUUUAAAAUAU